AUGGCAUAUUUGGCAUCAGAAAACUUAGUAGAAAAUGAUAGCGCGUUUCUCAUGUCAUUUCUUGAUGAACCUUUGAUGGAAUAUUGCGACCAUGAGAAAUUAAACAUUUUAAUUCAAUCUCUAGAAGCAGAGCUUGAAUAUCCCAAUAUUAAAGGGGAUUGUAUAUUUGAUGAUGAUAACGUUCAAAAUUUGAACUUUAUUGAUAAUUCGAGUUUGAAUUUCUACCAUUGUGAAGAUAACAUGUACAUUAGAUCCGCCCCCGAAGAUGGUGAAGAUAGCUCAGAGGAACUAGUUGAUGUGGAUGAUUUUAGUUGGAUGGAUACGGAGAUGUCAUCAUUAACUAGUCCUAGUAAUAACAACAUGAUUGAAUUUCAAACUUUUAUAACAUGCAUUCCAAUUGAGGAUGAAGUAUAUGAUUCUCUAUGGCUACAAACUGACUUGUCAAUGGUAGAUAAUAUUAACCAAUAG